UUUCUCAUCAAUUCAUCGGCGCAUCGCGCAUAAAAUCGGCCGGCAACUACAGCACAGAACUUCCGCAAGUCCCGUCGGCUGUCACCUUCAGUCGCCAACCGUUUCACGCCUGGGCUUUCCAAAUGAAUAGUGCAGACACUGUGGCAGUUAUAGACACUUGUAUACAUUAUGGCGUUUUGGUCAGAAUACGGGGGCUCGAUUCUUUGAAACAGGCCUGCGUAGGAAGAACUUUUAGUUACAACGGUUCUGGAUACACAUCUUAUUCGGGAUCGGGCAUACUUUUCGACGCACUGCACGGCUUAGUGAUCACGAGCGCAACGUUGGUACACCCCUUUCUACAGAAGAACGGCGGUGUUUUGAAACGAGGAACGAAGAUCGAUGUUUUGGUCGGUGGCAAUUCAGAUCAUGAAAGUGCACGCGCUCAUUGGAAAUCUGCUCACCUGGCCAAAAUUGUCAAAAGUGGCUGUUUCACCUCUUUGAUCCACCGAUUUUCACCGAGAGGUGAGUGGCUAGUAGGCUGGCCCUCCGCUUCAAAACAAUUGUACCAAAACGGUCAUAAUAAUACACAAAUGUCAAUUCAAGAUGCUGUUCUAUCGAAACUCUAUUGGGAUGGUUUAGCAGAAGUCGCGGUACUUCGAAUUACGGGCGGCCUACCUGCGGUCAUGCAUCGUCCGAUCCGAUUCGCGCCUUCUCGAAGCGUAAAUCGAGGCGACUCGUUGCUCAUUGUCGGCUCACCGUAUGGCAUUUUGUCACCAAGUAUUUUUUAUAAUUGUGUAUAUCUAGUAACGGCAAGUAAUCUCAUCGUUGAGUCUCUUUUUGCGAACCGCUUCUCUUCUCACAAUGAAGGGCUGGAUGACGCAGUUAUCAUGCUUGAUCGACCCGGACUGCCUGGUUGCGAAGGGGGACCCGUAUUUGACAUUGAAGCGAGGCUCGUGGGCAUGUCUAUCCCGCCCAUCCACAGGUCGGACGAAUCCAGAAUCACAAUCAGCUUCACUCUCCCGAUAACCGCGUCUCUAAUCAAAGACGUUUUGCAGGUUUUGAAUCAGAUAGAGCGCAGCUCAUUUGGGCUUGAACGCAGACAAGCAGAAACGAUUAUGUCUUCACCGCACGUCCCUAGCCUAAGGAAAGCGUUUGACUCUAUUGUCUUGAUAUCAAUAGGAACCACUUGGGGGAGCGGAAUCUUCAUCUGCGAAGAUGGUGUCAUACUGACGGUUGCACACUUGAUUAGACCAUUUUUAGCUUCGCCUACUCCCGACAACAAAUUUGCUUUACAAUCAGGAUAUUCUAUUCGAGUCCGCGUCGAUUCGGUUCGGACAGGCUAUUCAAAACUCAACAACGGCUCAAAAGACCUGGCUGAUGCCACCCCUUUGAACCAGAGUUCCGACGAUCCGCAACGUGCUAUUUUACCGAUAUGGCAUCACGCCGCCAUUGAGUAUAUCUCUCAAUCAUGUCUAGACGUCGCUGUGCUGCGUUUAGAAGAGCUCGUGUGUGUGCACUGCGUUCUGGUGAGGAGAGAUGACCGCGCCAAUUUGACAGAUUCGCAAAAGUUGAAUGAGGAAUCAAGGAAGUCGCUGGAUUCUGCUGAUUUCUCUGUGUCAGGUGAACUAAAAAAAGGCGAGAAAAUCUACAUUCUCAGUCACUCGCUAUUCGGACCUGAUAAGGGGCUUCAAGUUACAUGCAAUUCUGGGGUUAUAUCUGGCAUAACUUAUGUUCGUGGAAAGCCCUGCCUACUUCAGACGAGCACAACUAUUUACAGAGGCGCAUCCGGCGGUGCUGUUCUGGAUGCAUCGGGACGUUUGAUUGGACUUGUAGUCUGCAAUGUGGUCAAUGGGGAUAAAUCAAUUGUUUCUAGCAUCAGCUUUUCGAUUCCUGUGAAUCUUCUGCUUUCGGUAUGGGAUCAGUAUCUGCACAAUGGGGACACCCUCUGCUUUCAGACGCUGGAUACACCAGAUAAGGAAUUAGAAGCUAUAUGGAGCCCGCGUUUCGAGAAUAAGUCUCAAUCGAGCCAUGCAACGAAAUUUUUGGACUAUGCAUCUCGAUACCUAUCCGAAGGGGAAUGUCAACUUGCGGAUGCCUGCCAGAAAAAAGAACUGGCCAAACUGUAAAAAUUUUAACUGAUAUUGCGACACAACAUUAUGAUUCAGAAAAAAAAGUGAAUUGCGUGGAAGGGCGUGCGAAAGCCCGCUGCUUCCCAUAUAGAUGCCAAACACAUUGUAUAUUCACAGAGCGUUCUUCGAUAGUAGCUUCGAGACCGAAUAUGUUUCAGAAAUAUCAAGUGUAGGGAAUAUGCCAGUACUGCGAAUCGAUAUCAGUUCAGAAUUCACUGAUUCUACACACACAAAGAGCCAUUUAAUCCAUCAAAAAACAGAUAUUCAGGCACUUUCAGAAAUUUGACCGUUGACAUAUUCUAAAAAACUAUUGAGUACUUGGUGUUGAGUUUGUGCCACAAAGGACUCCUGAGUGUUGGCCAUUUGCCUUAUGAGGGUCAGAUAUUGCUUUUUGAGCCUUUGUAGCUUCGCCAUUGUCAGGCCACGGACGAGAUUAACCUUUACAGAACAAUUUUCGAUCGAUAUUUGCUGUCCAAUGCAGUUUGCGCGGUUUGAUUCUUCAAGGAUGAUUUGAAUGGCCCGCUGAAUAGCCUUUUCAAUGUUGAACAAAUAGUCGGGACCGGUAGUCCUUGAGCAGUGGGUGGCAUAAGAAUUUGGUGCAGGGCAAGCUGUCAACAUUUUUUCGAUCUCUGUCAGAGGCAAAGGUUGUUCCGGCUUGAUGAUCACGCACGGUUUGUCCCACCGCUUACUUGGGUUUGGCAUUUCAAACCUGUUGGCCAGUUCAUUCAAUCUAAAAAAAAAUGAGUUUUUUUGUAUGGA